AACAAAACUCAGAAGAAACGAAAGUGAAAUAAAAUGUUGCUCAGCAGCUUCUCGUAGGCUAGUGUUUGUUAGCACGUAAGGGAAAUGGCAGAGGCGAUUUCAAGUAACGACGACAUUUUAAUGUGUCCGAUUUGUUUGGAUCUACUGAAGGAUCCAGUAACUAUUCUCUGUGGACACAAUUACUGUAUGGGCUGCAUUAAGGGCUGCUGGGAUCAGGAAGACCAGAAGGGAGUUUACAGCUGCCCACAAUGCAGACAGACAUUCGCUCCAAGACCCGUUUUAAACAAAAAUAAUGUUAUUGCAGAGCUAGCGGAACAACUAAGGAAGACCAGAAUGCACGCUGCCCCUCCUGCUCUAUCUACUGCUGGACCUGGAGAUGUGGAGUGUGAUGUCUGCACUGGGAGAAAACUCAAAGCUGCGAAGUCCUGUUUGGAGUGCUUGGUGUCUUACUGUGAAACCCACUUCAAAGUUCAUAAUGAUAUUCACCCAGGAAGAAAACACUCAGUGAUUGAUGCCACAGGCCAGUUACAGGAGAGGAUCUGCUCUGAACAUAAGAAAGUUUUAGAAAUAUUUUGUCGUACUGAUCAGAGUUGUAUCUGCUAUCUGUGCACGAUGGACGAACAUAAAGGCCAUGACACAGUCACAGCUGCAGCAGAAUGGAAAAACAAACAGAAGCAGUUGGGGCAGACCCAGAAGAGAUUCCAGCAGAGAAUCCAGGAGAGAGAGAAGGAGCUGCAGGAGCUGAGGAAGGAUGUGGAGACUCUCAAGAGCUCUGCACAGACAGCAGUGGAGGACAGUGAGAGGAUCUUCACUGAGAUGAUCCGCUCCAUUGAGAGAAGGCGCUCUGAGGUGACAGAGCUGAUCAGAGCUCAGGAGAAGGCUGAGGUGAGUCGGGCUGAAGGACUCCUGAAGCAAGUGGAGCAGGAGAUUGCUGAGCUGAAGAGGAGAGAUGCUGAGCUGGAGCAGCUUUCACACACAGAGGAUCACAUCCAUUUCUUCAAGAACAUCCCAUCAUUCCGAUACUCUCCUUGCUCUCCCAGCAUGACCAUCAACCCAAGUGUUUCUUUUGAGGCUGUGAAGGAAUCGGUCUCUGCAGUGAAGGAGCAGCUGGAGGAGAAACUGGAUGGCAUCUUCAAGCAGGAAGUAGCCAAGAUAUCUUCAGCAGUGGUACAUAUCCAGAUCAUCCAGUCUUUAGAAUAUACUGAUCCUGAACUCCCAAUCAGAAGAACAAACAGUAACAAGGCGCUGCCACCACACAUGUCUGAUGUCCAGGCUGCUUAUCCCGAACCAGUGACCAGAGAGGAGCUCUUGCAGUACUCCUGUCACUUCACACUGGAUCCCAACACAGCACACAGACACCUCCAUCUGUCUGAGGGGAACAGGAGGGUGGAGUGCAGAGCUGAGCUCCAGUCAUAUCCUGAUCAUCCAGAGAGAUUUGAUACUUAUUAUCAGGUGCUGUGUAGAGAGGGUGUGUCUGGACGCUGCUACUGGGAGGUGGAGUGGAGUGGGGAGGUUUUUAUAGCAGUCUCAUAUAAAAGCAUCAGCAGGAAAGGAGGAGGUGCUAAGUGUUGGUUUGGAUUUAAUGAUCAGUCCUGGAGUCUGCUCCUCACCAGCUCCAGCUCCUGUUUCAGGCACAAUGAUAAACAGACUAAACUCCCUCUAGUGGCCAGCUCCAGAAUAGGAGUGUAUGUGGAUCACAGGGCAGGAACUCUGGCCUUCUACAGCAUCUCUAACACAAUGACCCUCCUGCACAGAGUCCAGACCACAUUCACUCACACACUCUAUCCUGGGCUUAGAUUUGCAUAUACUGGAUCAUCAGUGAAGUUAUUGUGACUCACACCGUAUACAGCAGGACAGAAAUGUAAAGACCCCAGAUACAGAUAUGCUGUUAUCCCAUCCACGCACGCGCACACACACACACACACACACACACACACACACACACACACACACACACACACACACACACACACACUGUAUACAGCAGGACAGAAAUGUAAAGACCCCAGAUACACAUAGAUGCUGACCAGAUAAGUGGCACUUGUGUGGUGGUGGGGCAUCACGUGAUGUGGACUAGAAGUGGAUAUUUAUCAGCUUGUACUCAAGAGAUUAAAAAAAGAUGUUUGGUGUAUGAUGAAAUGUACACUUCAUGUUGCAACAUAGCUGAUAUGGCUGCCCCAAAAGACUUGCAUACAAAAUGUACCAUAUGUAUGGGAUGUUAUGGUAGAUGUUACAUUUAUUUUUUAAUAAAUAGCCCACAUGAUCACUACUGUUGAUGGAGUAUAUUUCAUAUUUUUGAGUCAUGUAAUCAAUGGAAAUAAUCCAUGUUGUUUCUCAAACCUUUUAUAAUUGUUUGUUCAAAUUGUUCAAAUUGUUUGAAUAAAUAAUAAAUGGUCUGGGGGUCAGACAUCAGUGCAUGAUGUGU